AAUAUUAUUCUUCCGUCAAGCGCACCACGUCAGCUAGACCAUCAUAACAAACUUCACAUGCAGUCAUAGUGUCAUACAUACAUGUACAUAAAACGUGUUCUUUGAUAUCAUCGUCGCCAGAAUGGUUUUAAUGACCAUGAUCGCACGAGUUGCAGAUGCACUGCCCUUAGCAGCAUCAAUGCAAGAGGAUGAACAGGCAGGAAGAAGUUUAAUGGAUUACCAGGCACAAGCAAAACAACUUUUCCGUAAGAUAUCAACAGAUCCACAGCCUCCAGGAAGAUGUAGUUUAGAAUCGGGACCAUAUAUUUUUCAUUAUAUAAUAGAACGAGGUGUAUGUUAUCUUAUACUUUGUGAUAAAUCAUUCUCAAAGAGACUUGCAUUCCAAUAUUUGGAUGAUUUACAAACAGAAUUUUCAUUGCAAUAUAGUGGUAGAGUAGAAACAGUAUCUAGACCUUACAGUUUUAUAGAAUUUGAUACAUACAUUCAGAAAGCUAGGAAAUCUUACAUGGAUUCUAGAGCAAGGAAGAAUCUGAAUAAUAUAAAUACAGAACUCCAAGAUGUUCAUAGGAUAAUGGUACAGAAUAUUGAUGAUGUGUUACAGAGAGGAGAAACUCUAUCAGCACUAGAUAUGAAAGCCAGUAAUUUAUCGUCUGUUUCUCAGAAGUACAAGAAAGACUCUACAUAUUUGAACUUACGGUCAUCUUACGCCAAAAUAGCAGCCAUUGUUAUUGUUGUCAUUGUAUUUUUAUUAUUUAUUAAAUUUUGGUGGUAAUAAACUAUAUUUAUUGUAAAAGCAUUGUACUGUGCAUGUAUUUUAUUUUCAUAAUUCAACAAAGUUGAGUUUACUGCUCAGACAACCCUUAGCUUCCAUUUAAUGGUGGGCUUAACUUUUUGUUUUGUUUUAUCAUCAGUCGUGUAAAAAAUUUACAGAAAUUUAUUAUGUUUCGAUUGAGACUGCAUUGGCAUCAAUAAUUAUAGAUUACCUAAAUUAGAAAGAAUUGAAAGAAAUUUUAAAAUUCUGUAGGAUUAAGCCAGCAACAAUCAAUGAAUCACUAAUGCAUUAUGGGAAUUUCUGGGUAAGUUCAUCUUUAUUUCUUUCACUUCUAUUCUAACCAAAAUUUGUACUUUAACAUAACAACAGAAGCUCACAGGACUCAGUUGAAUCUGUUAUUAUGUAUUUUAAUUUUUUGGCUGAUAUAUGAAGAAAUUUGUGCUUGGAAACCUCCAAAAUGGCAACAAAAGGGAAAUAACUCAUGCUCAAAUCGCAACAAUAUCGUAAUCUAUCUAUUUGAUGAAUAGUAACACAAGUAGGAGGAUGAAACUAGAAAAACAGCAUCAAACAAAAAGCAUUUCAACUUCUCUAUGUUAGAGUAAAAAAUGUGUGUCCUUUCUCCUAAUGAUUCUUAAAUAGUGUGAGCCAUGUUACUAAAAUAGCAAUUUUUACUAUAAUUUCACUCAGCAAUGAGGCAGGCAGUGUACUCAGUGAUAAUCAGAUUCACUCAUUAUAUGUACUAGUCAGCUAUUUGAUGGUUUACUGUAAAAUGUAUGUGUGGAGGGAAAAAAUGAAAUGUUUAAUCCUGAAUGAAUCUAUAGGAAUAGUUUUGUUAUUUACUGUAUGGUUGUGUUUUAAUGGAUGUAUAAAAAUUUGUAUUAUUCCCAGCAAAAGUGCUUCUAUAAGGGUACCUGUUUUAAUUCUUCAAUAGUUCUUUGUCCAUUUUGUGUAAAUGUUUCCCAUUGGUCAUGAUAUUUAUGCAUGAGUAAAUACACACAUUAAUUCCUAUAUGUACAACACUGUUGAUUCUUUAAUUUUUUUUGUGAUUACCAAUUUUCAUGGAACGAGGAAAAGUUGUAUUUUCACGGAUACUUGAUUUCAUGUUUAUAUUUACAAACUUUUGUAUUCAGGCUUAAAGGAAAUUAGUAUUCUGUUGAACAUUUCGAUUGGUGGUUCACCUAAACCCAUGAAGUCCAUGAAAAUCAGUACCCAACAAAUAAUGCCAAUUCCAACAUAUAUAAUGGAAAUGAUGAGAGUGUUAUUUACAUAUAUGUAGUCAUUUCCAAGUGUUUCUUGAGACAAUAGACAUUAAUAUUCACACCAUAUUAUUUGUUAAAGUAUGUAAAUCUGCAUUAGUUAAAGCUUAUGUAUACAUGUAUUAAAAGGUGCAAUGUGAUUUUCUUUAGACCGUGAGAAUUUUAAGUCUAUAAAUCUUGGGGAGGAAAAGUAAAUAAGUACAGUGAAACUCAUAAGUGUCUAAACUGAACACCUGAAGUCUGUGUUAACUGGAGACCUGUCUGAACUAGACUGUCCAUAAGCUGGAAACCUGUCAUUAAUUAACUCUGUACAACUUAAUUGACUUUGUUUGGAGAUAAUGGUACUAAAAAUGAAUAUUGAAGUAAUAUAAUAAUAGUUAUUAAUUUAUUUGAUGUUUUGUUAAAUGAAUAACACGAGUAAUGUAUAUAAGGUUGUAUUUUACUUUAGGAGAAAUAUAAUUAUAUAUAAAAAAUAUGUGUCAACUCUUCAGACAUCAACAGUAGCCUUCUGAAUUUCCAUUUUUUUCCUUAAAUGAAUUGGAAAUCACUCUUAGGGCACUAGUUGUUCAAAUAUCCCUUUUCAAAAUUAUUUUUGUAAUUUCUAAUGACACUGACAUUUCACUUCAAUCAAAUGGGUCUCUUUGAAAUGGACAUGUUAUUGUCAAUGUAUUGUUUAUUUAUGUGACAUAAAGUGUACAAGCAGCC